AUGGCCGCCGAUGACGAAGAGCUCUGGCGGUGGAGUCCCCUCCACUCUCUUCCUCCUCCUCCCUCCUUCCUCUGCCUGCUCCUCCCUUCCUCUUCCUCUUCUGUCUCCUCCCUCUCGGGUGGGGGGCUGGCGGCGGGCACUGCGGCGGGGAGCGGCGGGGUGGACGCCGCCGGCCCGGACACGGGUUGCGGGCAGGGUGGCGUCGAGGAGGGGGCGAGGUGGGGGCGGGGUUGGGGCGGUGGGUGGCGGGACGGGAGGCGGGUGGAGGCCGCCGGCACGGAGGCAGAGGGCGGCGGGUGGCGGCCGGAAGGGGGCGGCGGGUGGCGGCGCGGCGGGUGGUGGCGCGGCGUGUGA